AGCAACAGAUCUCUCACAAGCUGGGCCCCCUGCCACGGGUCCCGGGGGCUGAAGACACGGUGGUCGCACCCCCAGCCCCGCGCUCCCCGGUUCUGCCUGCCCCUUCCCGGGAGCUGACAGGCGACCGCUGACCUUGGAGGCCAGAACGAGAACCCAGGAGGCCGGGGACCCGCCCUCGGGCCGGGAAGGUAGUACCCCCAGAAGGCCCGGCCCGGAGGCCAAACAGCGCGAUCACGUGACACCGGACAGGGGCGGCCCCCAGGGUGCGCGGAAGGAAAACCCCAGAGAGAGACCGGACGACGCCUUAAGGUGACCCCGAAGGGACAACAUGGCGGCGCGGUCGCAUGAAGGCCUCUCAUCCCGCCCCCCGGAGGCCGACGCCACGGUACCUGCGAGCCCCGCCAUGGCGCCGCCGCCACCGCUGUCGCCUUCGCUGCCGCGACCCGCUCCCACCUCAGCUCGCCACCGACGCCGCAGGAAGCCGGGGAGCCGCCCCCUUCGUCUUCUAGUCGAGCCGGUCGAGGACCCCUUCUGGAAUCGGGCUGCCUACAGCAGACGCCUGAUCAAGCGACCUAGACUCUGGGGGCUCGCCCUCGCCUCAUACGCUCCUAACAUUUGCACAGAUGACCAUUUGAAGAUUUUUAUUAGUGUGUGCCGAAAUCUGCGGACUCUGGACUCUUCAAAUCCGAAGUUUUUGAUCAGGCGCGCCCUGAACAGCCCCGAAUCACAGCUCCCUUGGUCCCCUCAUGCAUAUGCAGUAGAUUGUGAUCUCUACUCUGGGGAGCGGAGGGGGCGUACCCUCGUCUCAGUAGGUCCAUUCCAGGUCUGCCCUGCUGUCCUCAACGUUGGUUUCAUACUCACGGUCAUAAAAUGGCCACCCCAGUUCCUGGAGUCCCAUCCACAUCACGGAGAUGACCAUUCCCCCUGGAGAUACUAAAACACCAGGUGGAGAAGUUAACUACCUGACAACUGACUGUACCCAGGACAUGAGCUGCUGCAGUUCCGAGAUUUGGCCGCAAAGAAAUGGGAACAAAUGGACCCUGGAACUGAAGAGUAACUGUACCUGAAACAACCAAGAUGAUGCUGGUCAGACCGCUGAGGACCAAUCUGAAGAUGACUGUCCGAGAAAUUAGAAGAUGUGCUGUUAGAAGAUGUGCUGUUUCUGCAGGUAGCUGCCCCCCACUUCUGCCUAUAAAAGCUCUUGGUCCCUUGCUUGUUGGGAGUUGCGGGGGGGUUGGCCUUUGGACAGAUAGCCCCCCACCCCACAGUUGCCAGUAUCUGAAAUAAAGCAAAGUUUCCUUUCCACCAA